CCUUUAUAUCCGUCUCUGGGGACUGUCCCCUCCACCUGGAUGAGAUCCGCCACUUUCUGAACCUGUGCCCGGAGCUCUCCCUCGGCUGGUUUGUGGAAGGGCGGCUCGUGGCGUUCAUCAUCGGCUCCCUCUGGGACCAGGACAG